AUGGCCACCAACCAAGGUGUGCUCUCAACACUUGACAAAGCCAAGACACAAAAGUACCAUUACAAGGCAAUUGUGAUAGCAGGGAUGGGGUUCUUCACUGACGCAUAUGAUCUCUUUUGCAUCACUGCAGUUACCAAGCUUAUAGGUCGCUUGUACUACUACGAUCCCAAUACUCACAAUCCAGGAAAGCUUCCAAAGCCUGUAAACAAUGCAAUAACAGGAGUGGCAUUGUGUGGUACCCUUGCAGGACAACUCUUCUUUGGCUGGCUUGGUGAUAAACUCGGUAGAAAAAAGGUUUAUGGGAUAACACUUGUCACCAUGGUAGGAUGUGCCUUGGCAUCAGGGCUUUCUUUUGGCUCCACAGCCAAGAGUGUGGUGGCUAGUCUUUGCUUCUUCAGGUUCUGGCUUGGAUUUGGUAUUGGAGGAGACUACCCUCUCUCAGCUGUUAUAAUGUCUGAAUAUGCUAAUCAGAAGACAAGGGGUGCUUUUGUUGCUGCUGUCUUUGCCAUGCAAGGUGUAGGAAUAUUGGUUGCUGGAGGUGUGGCCAUGUUGGUCUCUAAUCUAUUCUUAGCAGCUUAUCCAGCUCCAAUUUUUGCAAAUGAUGCUGUGCAAUCUACUCAGCCAGAAGGAGAUUUUGUUUGGAGAAUAGUACUCAUGUUUGGUGCAUUUCCUGCAGCCUUAACUUAUUAUUGGCGAAUGAAAAUGCCGGAAACUGCAAGGUACACUGCUUUAGUGGAAGGAGACCACGAUAAAGCUGUUGAAGAUAUGGCCAAAGUUCUUGAUAAGGAUAUACCUUUAGGAGAAUCAAAUACCAGGGUUGCUGCCACACCUAGCCUCUCUUAUGGAUUGUUCUCAUCGGAGUUUUUUGAAAAACAUGGCCUUCACCUUCUAGGAACAACCAGCACUUGGUUCUUUUUGGAUAUUGCCUUUUACAGUCUUCAACUAACACAAAAAGAUAUUUAUCCUGCUAGUGGACUUGUCUUCAAAGCUUCCCAAAUGAAUGCCAUAGAGGAGGUGUUUAGACUCUCCAAAGCAAUGUCUGUGGUGGCCCUGCUUGCCACAGUCCCUGGAUAUUGGUUCACAGUGUACUUCAUUGACAAGAUUGGAAGGUAUUAUAUCCAACUUGUUGGAUUUUUUGUAAUGUCUGUUUGCAUGUGGUUUCUGGGGCACAAGUAUGGAGAAUAUAGGGGAGAGGAAUGCAACCCUGGUGCAAAAUAUGAAUAUUGUAAUGGAAAACACACAACGUUUGUCAUUCUUUUUGGACUCACCCUCUUCUUUGCCAACUUUGGACCCAAUAGCACAACAUUUAUAGUGCCAGCUGAGCUGUUCCCUGCUAGAUUCCGUUCAACGUGUCAUGGGAUAUCAGCAGCAGCCGGGAAAGCAGGAGCUAUCAUUGGUGCUUUUGUGGUGCAAGGCUAUACAGAUAGUGCAGAAAACAGAACAAAAGGAAUGAAGAAUGCACUUAUGACACUUUCCGUGGUCAACAUGCUUGGAUUCUUGUUCACUUUCUUAGUGCCAGAAACACGAGGCCGAUCACUUGAAGAAAUCUCAGGAGAGGAUAAAGAACACUCUGGCAAUAUUACUGAAGAGAAGGCAUAUGAAACAACAAAUGAUGCUAAAGAUGGAACAAGAAACGUCAAUGCUGAUCAACCUUCAGAAAUCUCAAUGGUUUAGUCCCUAGGCAUCUAAUCUGAAUAUGCCAACCAAAAGCAUCAAUAAGAAAAUAAAAGGAGAAAAGGGAAUAAUAUUUGUAUCAGUAACUUAUAUACCAUACAUUUUUCUGUCUUUUUCACGUGUUUUAGUUUUCUGUUUAUACUCUUAAGAGAGAAAGAAUAAUGUAUGUUUAUAUGUAAUUGCUAGAAUAAGGGCUUCUUAGGGUGUUAGCAGCCCAGUUGCGGAACUAAUAUGAAUAAUGUCUGUUGUUGCAACCUCUACUACAGGUGCUUUUGUUGUAUACGUUAAAUUCUUUACCUUUUCUAAUGCAUCUCUACCAUAAGAACAAU